UCCGAAGGGAUGAUACUGACUACCGAAGCAGUUCUCAACCGACGAGUGUCAGGUACGCAUCCAAAAGAAAGAAAACUUUCUUCGAGAUGCUUAAUCUACGGUUUACUAGUAUUCGUGAAAAUUUUAAUUUAACGCUGUUUUGUUUAUCGUAUAUUAAAGUUUAUAACUUAGAAUUUUUAUAUACAAUCGAGUGAUUUGAAGUGAUAUAAUAAAUCGGUAUAAGUUUUUAUAGAUGUCAUUGUUAGUUAUAUUGGUAUGAAAAGAUUAUAGUGAUUUAUAUAGAUAAGAAAAAAGAUUGUGUAAUACUUUUGAACUAUGUUAAAUACGUUCGUAUAAUGAUUAUGGAAUUGAACAUAAGAACUGGAAAUAAGAAUUUUUAAAAUAUUGUAAAACAUAUCGUUAAAUCGAACGUUCACAUAAAAUCUUUUAACAAUUUUACGAUCGAGUUUACAUUAAAUUUUAAUUUGCAAAUUACAUAACUGAACAAGGAUUAAUUAAAAUAUUCUAUGUCUACAUAUUUUGUUCCUACCUGGAUAUGAACGGUCCAGUAUGUACCGUCUGUGAUCAUAGCAUGGUAGCUACAUUAUAUUUUUUCGAUAUCUCUAAAGAAUGCGAUACAUUUGCAAAUGAUAAAGGGUAGCCUGACGUUACGAUUUAUUUAUGAAAUGGCAAGACUGUACGUUAGUUUAUUAAGCACUAAAAUAUUAAUGUGCACUGUGCUCGAUCACAACGAUCGAUUAUGGUUGGACUUCGAACUAUGCAAAUGUCAGCAUAUUGAACUUUUGAUUCGUAGACCAAAAAGUUAAAAUUUAAGCACAACGUAAAGGGUAUGAAUACCCGUAUGAAAACGAAAAGGAAAAUGAGAUUUUUCUAAAUGGAUAAAAGAUGACCGUCUCUUAUCAAUACGAAGUUGCCAGCUCCACGAGCGGUGGAUUUACCAGACUUCUGCUUAUGUGGAGGGGUUCCCUCUACAAGCUUAUUUACAGAGAACUUGUACUUUUUGUGAUUAUGUUCGCAUCACUCUCGGCUAUUUAUCGUCAUGCUUUGACUGAUUUACAAAAGAGGGAAUUUGAGAAAUUCGUAAUAUAUUGUGAUACAUUCAUUAAUCUAAUUCCUCUUAGCUUCGUGCUAGGAUUUUACGUGUCCCACGUAGCUGAUAGAUGGUGGAAACAAUAUAAUGCGAUACCUUGGCCGGAUAAGGUUAUGCAUCUAGUAGCACUUUAUGUUAGCGGAGAUGAUGAAUAUGGUCGCAUGUUGCGGAGAGGUCUUAUGAGAUAUUUGAAUCUCUCUCUAAUACUUGUACUACGUUCCAUUAGUUCGGCGGUAAAAAGACGGUUUCCUACUCUUGAUCACGUGGUAGAUUCCGGUUUCAUGACUUCCUUGGAAUUGGAUUUAUUUCAGUCGGUACCGAGUCUCGAAUUCAAUACCUACUGGAUCCCGUGUACGUGGUUUAUCAAUUUGUUGAAGGAAGCACGUCGAAACCAUAGAUUGCCCGAUGCGCAAGGUUUAAAAAUAAUUAUGGAGGAAUUCAAUGAUUUUCGCUCUAAAUGCGGACUUUUAUGGAGCUAUGACUGGGUUUCUAUACCUUUGGUUUACACGCAAGUCGUGACCCUUGCAACAUAUAGUUUCUUUGCAGUUGCACUUGUCGGUCGUCAAUAUAUCGAGGGAAAUGAAAAACCGUUUCAGCUAAAAGUCGACAUAUAUUGUCCUCUAUUUACGAUUCUACAAUUUUUUUUCUUCAUGGGUUUAUUAAAGGUAGCUGAACAAUUAAUAAAUCCUUUUGGCGACGAUGACGAGGAUUUCGAAUUGAAUUGGCUUAUCGAUCGUCAUGUCAAAGUGUCAUAUCUGGGCGUGGAUACUUUAAUGACUCGCUGUCCGCCUCUUGUAAAAGAUAUUUACUUUGAUGCAGAAAAUCUUAUCUUACCUUACACCGAAGCAGCAGCAGCAUACAAGAGGAAGACUUAUCGUGGCAGCGUUGCAGAUAUGCCAGUGCCAGAAGAGAAGCAAACAAUGUUCUUACCAGGAAUAAUGGAAGAAGAGGAAGAACCCAGAAAUACACCUCGUACAUCGAGCGCUAGUUUAGUAACGUAUCCUGAUAGUCCAAUGACUGAAAAGCGCCAGAUCAGCGGGUCCCCUCAAACAACUCCAUCGAUGGUUAGUAACGCUAGUGAAACGAUUCUUCAGUUAGAUAAUCAAGAACAACAACAACAACAACAACAACAGUCUGAAGCUGAGCAAGGCGAUCAACAACGCGGGCGUUUGACUGGUGCGAUGAGAAAAUUUUCAGCUAUUGCUAGGCAUACGAAUCCACGAAUCGACUCGAAUCGAAAGCCUUUCUUUGCAGCAAUAAAAACACCCAAGAUAUGGCUGCAACCUUGGCCGAGUGCCACCAACUUAUCACGAAUAAACCGUCAUCGAGGUCCCGACACACCAGCACCAUUCAAUGCUCCUAAAAUAUUAUGCGUUCCAUCGGCUUUACAGAUUUCAUUUAGCGACGAAACUGAAGAUCAAGAAAAUCGCGAAGGUUUUGACAAUUCUGCUUUCUUUCAUGAAGACGUUGACGAUCGGUACAUCGAGGAUCAGGACGAUGAUACGAUAGAGAAGUUGAGAAACGUUAAUCGAUUCAAACGUUUCGUUUUAACGGAUACUUCGGAAUGUUCAGAUGCGCAAAUAGAAGCAAUAGAUUUACCGCGUUUCAGGGAAACCAUAGAACAGAAAUCAGAAAGCUUUUUUAAGUAUCUUCCUCAAAGACAACGUUCUUCAACCGAAUCUAGUGAUAAGAAGGGUGUUCACUGGAGAAUAGAUGAGAGAAGACCUUCGUUGCUGGCUCGUCGGAAAACCAUUCACAGUGUCCCAACUUCUUUGCAAAUCGUCAUACCACAAGCAAGGAGUUCACCGAACUUAACCAAUAUAGAAGUUGAAGAGAAACAGAUGGAGAAGCUCGAUACUCCUGAUGAAUCUGAGAAGGAUACCAAACUUUAAAUAUCGAUAGAAUUCAUAUAUACUACAUAUUCGUGAGUACGAUAAAAUAUUUCAAUUUUGAUCGGUUUUUUUCCGCCAUUAUUUAUGUUGUGCGAUGUUUAUAUACUGAUUUAAAUAAACUAAGUAUUAAUAUUAAUCUCUCUUCUUAUAGCAUUUGAUACAUUUGACGAAUGUUCUGCAAUAUCAUGGGAAAUAUUAGUUCAAAGAAAUGAUCAUGUUUACUUAUUUUUCCACUGGUUAUAUAAUUUAUAAUUAAUAUAACUUCUCUCUCUUUCUUUCUCUUUCUCUCUCUCUCUUCCUCUAUUUUUUUUUGUUUUAAUAAAGGAUUAAAUUAUAGUAUAUUUUACUUCAAUGCGCUUCUAGAUUGUAAUCAAUAAUAGAUAGUAACAGAUAGUAAUAUCUAUAAUAAAAACACAAAACAAAUUUGAUCAAGAAAUAAAAAUAUACAUAACAUCUUAAUUUAUGAUGUUAUACUGCUAAAAAUCAUGACAUGACGCUAUAAAUUUAUUAAAAAUUUGUAAUAACAUUUUAACAUGUUAAUUUAUUUAAUCGUUUUAUCAAAUUUAUAUAUUUUUAAAGAUACAUUCAUUAGUUUCCAUCUCAGUAUUAUUAUAGAGUGACUAUAUUAUUAUAAAUUAAUUAUUAUUUGUAUAAUUUGUAUAUGAUUCAAUUCAUGAUUUUUUAAAUUGU